CUCUCUCUCUCUCUCUCUCGCGUAUGUCGUCGAGCACAAUCGAUCUUAUCAAAUCUGUACAUCGUACUGAAUCCAUAAAAGCCAGGGUUGGCGACGAGUUCAUCAAUAGACAGAGAGACCCAGAUGGCGUUGAACAAGGCUAAGGAGAUCGUAUCCUCCACUCCGGUAGUCGUCUUUAGCAAGACAUACUGUGGCUACUGCAACAGGGUGAAGCAGUUGUUCACGCAAUAUGGUGCUGCGUACAACGCCAUUGAACUCGAUGAGGAGAGAGACGAGAAUGAGAUUCAGUCAGCUCUAGCAGAGUGGACGAAGCAGAGGACCGUCCCUAAUGUUUUCAUCGGCGGUAAACACAUCGGCGGCUCCGACGAGGUUCUUGAGAUGCACCAAUCGGGAAAAUUGAAGCCCCUUCUCAUGGAUGCUGGAGCAAUUGCUAACAACUCAGCUCAGCUUAAUAUCAUCUAGUCAAGUCUCUCACUAUUACCACACUGUCCCAGCUGUCACACCAUACACAGAGAUGAGACUCUUGUUCUUGUUCUUGUUCUUGCUCUUGUUUCUGCAUAAUGUAAUGCGAGAUGGAGACUGGUCGCGUUUGAGUUGUAUGUCGUGUAGUUCCAUGAUGAUGUAAUAAACGGUUAUAGACACGUAAAGACCUCUCUUUCAAGCCAAAACAAAAAAGGCAAACAAAAAUCUCUCUUCCAAGCAAGCAGGAUUGUCAAGAA